CCCCUUCUCUGGUCCGCUCCAGUGCUUUGGGUCAACGAGUUCUGCGCAUUUCUAUCACCCAAGCUUAUCGACCAGCUGACUACGUGAGCUUGCGGAAGGUGAUGGUGACAGAGGGGAAAAAGCUAGCGACCCCGGCACGCACCGGGGGCGCAGGACACCCCCCCAAGGCUUUCAGAUUCCAGCUCCGGCCGGCUUCAAAUCACACCCCUGCGCACUCUCGUGAGACCGUGACUUGCCCCGGAAGACCCGCCCCCUCCGCUGUAAAGGCCAAUGAGCGAGGGCGACGGUUGCGACGGUUGGGAUUUGAAGGAGCCAAUGACCGCUCGGAGCGGACAGUUUAAGAGUCCCAGGCUUGUCAUACUGAAGCUGGUCGAGAUUGAAACCCGUUUAGGAGCGUACGGGUUCAGGGGGCCACGACUGCAAGGACCCCAUCCCCCCUCCAGACGCUCUCAUGGCGCAGUUCGUGUUUGAGAGUGACCUACACUCCCUGCUUCAGCUGGAUGCGCCCAUUCCCAAUGCGCCCCUCGCGCGCUGGCAGCGCAAAGCCAAGGAAACUUCGGGGCCGGGCCCCUCCCCUAUGCGGGCCGCCAACAGGUCCCACAGCGCGGGCAGGACCCCAGGCCGAACUCCGGGCAAAUCUAAUUCCAAGGUUCAGACCACCCCUAGCAAACCUGGAGGUGACCGAUAUAUCCCCCACCGCAGUGCUUCCCAGAUGGAGGUGGCCAGCUUCCUCCUAAGCAAGGAGAAUCAGCCUGAAAACAGCCAGACACCCACCAAGAAGGAGCAUCAGAAAGCCUGGGCUUUGAACCUGAAUGGUUUUGAUGUGGAGGAAGCCAAGAUCCUUCGGCUCAGUGGAAAACCACAGAAUGCCCCAGAAGGCUACCAAAACAGACUGAAAGUGCUCUACAGCCAGAAGGCCACGCCUGGCUCCAGUCGAAAGGCCUGCCGUUACAUUCCUUCCCUACCAGACCGGAUCCUGGAUGCCCCUGAAAUCCGAAAUGACUAUUACUUGAACCUUGUGGAUUGGAGCUCUGGGAAUGUACUAGCAGUGGCACUAGACAACAGUGUGUACUUGUGGAAUGCAAGCUCUGGUGACAUCCUUCAGCUAUUGCAAAUGGAGCAGCCUGGGGACUAUGUAUCCUCUGUGGCCUGGAUCAAAGAGGGCAACUACUUGGCUGUGGGCACCAGCAGUGCUGAAGUGCAGCUAUGGGAUGUUCAACAGCAGAAACGGCUCCGAAACAUGACCAGUCACUCUGCAAGAGUGAGCUCUCUAAGUUGGAACAGCUAUAUCCUGUCGAGUGGCUCACGUUCUGGCCAUAUCCACCACCAUGAUGUUCGGGUAGCAGAUCAUCACGUGGCCACACUGAGUGGCCACAGCCAGGAAGUGUGUGGACUGCGCUGGGCUCCAGAUGGACGACAUUUAGCCAGUGGUGGCAAUGAUAACUUGGUCAAUGUGUGGCCUAGUUCUCCUGGAGAGGGUGGCUGGGUUCCACUGCAAACAUUCACCCAGCAUCAAGGUGCUGUCAAGGCUGUAGCAUGGUGUCCUUGGCAGUCCAAUAUUUUGGCAACAGGGGGAGGCACCAGUGACCGACACAUUCGUAUCUGGAACGUCUGCUCUGGGGCCUGCCUGAGUGCUGUGGAUGCCAAUUCCCAGGUAUGCUCCAUCCUCUGGUCUCCGCACUACAAGGAGCUCAUCUCAGGCCAUGGCUUUGCUCAGAACCAGCUGGUUAUUUGGAAGUACCCAACCAUGGCUAAGGUGGCUGAGCUCAAAGGUCACACAGCCCGGGUCUUGAAUCUGACUAUGAGUCCAGAUGGAGCCACAGUGGCAUCAGCGGCAGCUGAUGAGACCCUGCGACUAUGGCGCUGCUUUGAAUUGGAUCCUGCACGACGGCGGGAGCGGGAGAAGGCCAGUGCAGCUAAAAGCAGCCUUAUCCAUCAAGGCAUUCGUUGAAGACAAACCCACACCUCAGUUGUUUUUUAUUUUUCUAAUAAAGUCAUGUCUCUUAUUGUA